UUGGUGGAUUUUUUGCAGGGAGACAGCCAAUGACACGCCCCCGUGUUCGUUGCUUGGCGACGUGUUUGCUUGCGACUGUCUUCUUUCAAGGUUGAUCUGAGGAGCAUCACGCUUGUUACGUACCACAACAAGACGCUUUAUUCCGUAAACUUACCGGGAAAACGUUAAAUCUGUGCUGAAUGGCGAAAAAUGGGACCGUGAACUGUAAAUGGUGAUCUUGGAUGCCAAAAGGACGCACGCAGUUUUUUCCAGAAAUGUCUCCUUCACGGCUAUACACUCCAUCUAUGAUGUCUCCUCAAAGUUCUCAAAAUGUCUCGGGCAACUUCUGCACAGCGGACAAUAUCUCUGAGUGCAUUUUAUACAUCAAUCAGGAAUUGUCGUCACUGGGCUUUCCACCGAUUUUCCGUAACCUGGAGGGAAUCCGUGAUUUAGAUGCUGUGGUUGCUUUAAAUAACAUAUAUGACCUGCUGCGGCUGCACCGUCAAGCUGUUAAAAUGAUAGAGGAGCUGGAGGUGGAGCAGCUCAAGUCCAGCAGUGACCUUCACUAUCAACAUCUUACCAACUCAAGACUAAAGGACCAGCUUGAACUUUCGAAGAAAGAAAACAUUCGGUUGCAUGAGAGAGAGCGUCAACUGGAAACAACUAUGAAGACAUUACAAAACUGCCUAAAAGAUGCAAAAGAAGAGGUACAAAGGCUGCAGGGUGUCAUUGCAAGCCGUGCCACACAGUACAACCACGAUAUUAAGAGAAGAGAAAGGGAGUACAGCAAAGUAAAGGAACGCCUUAAUCAGCUACUUAUUGCCAGAAAAGAUAAACAAGGAAUGGAAGUUUUGAAUUAUGUUGGAAGGCCGGAUGGGAAAAGAUCUCUUUGGAAAACUGGGAAAACUGAAGCCAGACAUGAGGGAGAAAUGUACAAAACACUUCUAAAUGAAUUUGAUAACCGCCAGAGGGAGCUAAUGAUGGAAAACAUUGAAUUGAAGAAAGUGCUGCAGCAGAUGAAGAGAGAGAUGAUGGCGGUGUUAAAUUCAAGGAAGAUAUUAAAAAAUGAAGAGAGACAGAGCAAUAAUGUAGAUCAGGCUAAUUCAGAUGAUGAGGAGAACUCAUUGAAAGAACAUCCUGAGAUGUCAUGUGAUCAUGCCCGAGAGAAACUCACCAAUAGCAUUCGUCAGCAGUGGAGGAAAUUAAAAUACCAUGUUGAGAAACUGGACAGCCAAGCAUCUAUAGUGCAAGAUGGUGACAGUGAUGAGACGAUUACCAAACAAGUCCAUGAAGAGGAGAUUGAAAAGCUCAGAGGAGAAAUUCAGCAGUGCAAAGAAUUCAUUCAGACCCAGCAGCAACUUCUACAACAACAGCUCAACACGCCCUGCGAUGAAGAGACUGCAGCUGUCCUGAACGAUUGCUACAUGCUGGAAGAGAAAGAACGCUUGAAAGAGGAGUGGAGAGUUUUUGAGGAACAGCAGAAAAACUUUGAAAUGGAAAGAAGAAAUUUCACAGAGGCUGCCAUCAGAUUGGGCCAUGAGAGAAAAUCGUUUGAGGAUGACCGUGCAAUGUGGCUGAAACAUCAGUUUCUAAACACAUCAUUUGCAGACCACGUCAAACCACAAAGUCGCAUGACUGAUGAAUUAACAAGGCAGUCUCAUCAUGAAGAGAAACACCUUCCAAUUUCUGCGAAAGUGAGCAAAUCUCAUCUUUAGUCGGUCCUUCCAGAAAAACUGUUUUUUUUGUGAUUGUUAGGGGCAAAAAUCCUUGAUCUUGUGGCACGUUUUGGAAUAUUGCCGGAUAUUUAUGCAAUUUUAUGCGAUAAAAUUGCAGGAACGUGCCACAAUUGCGGGAAUUUGUAAAAACUGUUUGCAGCUUUUCAUUGAUGUUCACGUCACGUAAUUACAUCACUUCCUAACAUUCCCAUGACAACAGGGGACAUGGCUGCGCAUGUGUGAAUUAAAUGCUACAAUUUUCAGCUUUCUGUUAAGAUAUAUAUGGCUUUUUGCUACGAAAAUGCGGGAAUUAUAAAAUCAUGUAAGCCUGCAUAUUUUGCGAGCAGAAAUCUGCAAUUUAUAUAUGCAGACUUUGAUUGAUUAUGCAUUAAAUCAUGCGAUUGCAUAAUCACGUUUUUCUGGAGGGACUGUUUAGUUCAUCGACACCAUGGACCAAUUUAUCCAACACCAGGAGAGUAAUACACCUAUCCAGACGACUUACCAAGUCUGAAAGUAUCUUAUGGAGGAACUUUCAAAAUAUGAACAUGAACAUUA